UCCAGUGCCACCCUAAGUGUAUGAGAUUCAUGAUUCAUCUCUCUGUUUUCACGGAUUGUCCUUAGAGCGCAUCUCUCUCUCUUUGUUUUUGCUUUUCUUCAAUAUGGAAAGAUUUCAGUCUUCCAUGCGCAAACGGCUGUACAGCUUGCCGCAAAACAUUGGGCAAAAAGCCUCUGUGACUGACGAAGGAGACAGCAGCGACAAGGACACUAAGAGGAAAAGUAUUCGCCUAAAACAUUUGCCCUCUCCGUCUCCUGCAAGCAGUCGCAAAAGCAAUGAGGAGGCCAAGAGCUUAGACUUGGAAAGGGACGUUACUGUGAAGACCAACUUGAACGGAGACUGUCGCUUAUUUAAAGGCAGCAUCUCUUCCAUCACCGGGCGACAUCCUCUCGGGUCAGAUCCGGCUGAGCAGCGGCGCCUCAUCCCGGAGGCAGAUGCCGGUGUCAGCGAGAGUUCCCCCGAUGAGGAUGGCCCUGGGGCCCAGCAAGGGGCCGUGGGCGGCCGGGGUGGCGCAACCGGGCGAGUAUCUGUGUAUGACCAGUCAACUUUCAUCAAGUUAGAGGGCUCUGAGCAAAUAAUACCUGAAGAUGACAGGCUAUACCAAGCCGGCUUCAUGCACCGGCAGUUUGGAGCGAUGCUUCAGCCGGGAGUCAACAAGUUCUCCCUGCGGAUGUUGGGGAGUGAGAGGGCCGUGGAGCAUGAGAGGGAGCGAGUAAAGUCUGCAGGCUUCUGGAUAAUCCACCCUUACAGUGAUUUUAGGUUUUACUGGGAUCUGAUCAUGCUGCUGCUGAUGGUGGGCAACCUCAUCAUCAUCCCUGUGGGCAUCACCUUCUUCAAGGAUGAGCACACGCCGCCGUGGAUUGUUUUUAACGUGGUCUCUGACACCUUCUUCCUCAUGGACUUGGUCCUCAACUUCCGCACAGGCAUCGUCAAGGAGGACAACACGGAGAUCAUCCUGGACCCUCAGCAAAUCAAGAUCAAGUACCUGAAGAGCUGGUUCGUGGUGGAUUUCAUUUCCUCCAUACCUGUGGACUACAUCUUCCUCAUCGUGGAGACACGCAUCGACUCAGACUUUUACAAGACGGCCCGUGCCCUGAGGAUCGUCCGCUUCACCAAGAUCCUCAGCUUGCUGCGGCUGCUGCGCCUCUCCAGACUCAUUCGCUACAUCCACCAGUGGGAAGAGGUUUUCCAUAUGACCUAUGACCUGGCCAGCGCCAUGGUGCGCAUCAUGAACCUGAUUGGUAUGAUGCUGCUGCUGUGUCACUGGGAUGGCUGUCUGCAGUUCCUCGUUCCCAUGCUGCAGGAUUUCCCUGCUGAUUGCUGGGUCACCAGAAACAAGAUGGUUAAUGACACAUGGGGACAGCAGUACUCUUACGCCCUGUUCAAGGCCAUGAGUCACAUGCUGUGCAUUGGGUAUGGCCUGUACCCACCUAUAGGCAUGGCUGAUGUGUGGCUCACCAUCCUCAGCAUGAUUGUGGGUGCCACCUGCUUUGCCAUGUUUGUCGGGCAUGCAACUGCACUCAUUCAAUCCCUUGACUCAUCCCGGAGGCAGUACCAAGAAAAGUACAAACAGGUCGAGCAGUAUAUGUCCUUCCACAAGCUGCCCGCCGGCAUGCGCCAGAGGAUUCACGACUACUAUGAACAUCGCUAUCAGGGAAAGAUGUUUGACGAGGAGAGCAUCUUGGAGGAGCUGAAUGAACCGCUGCGAGAGGAAAUUAUCAACUUCAACUGUCGAAAACUGGUAGCUUCCAUGCCUCUGUUUGCCAACGCUGACCCCAACUUUGUGACCUCCAUGCUGACCAAACUGCGCUUCGAGGUCUUCCAGCCCGGGGAUUACAUCAUCAGGGAGGGUACCAUCGGCAAGAAGAUGUACUUCAUCCAGCAUGGGGUGGUCAGCGUCCUGACCAAGAGCAGCAAAGACACCAAGCUUUCUGAUGGCUCAUAUUUUGGAGAGAUUUGCCUGCUGACUCGGGGCAGAAGGACGGCCAGUGUGAGAGCAGAUAACUACUGUCGCCUGUACUCUCUGUCGGUGGACAACUUCAACGAGGUGCUGGAGGAGUAUCCCAUGAUGAGGAGGGCCUUUGAGACUGUGGCUCUCGACCGCCUUGACCGUAUUGGGAAGAGGAGUUCUGUUCUUCAACAUAAAGUCCAGCAUCACCAAAGUUCAGGCACACUUAACCUCCAAGAAAACGAGAUCAUCCAAAGAAUAGUACAGCAUGACCGUGACAUGGCCCAGUGCACCCAGCUGAUCCAGACCAGUGCUGCCCAGAGCCUAAAUCCUGCCCCUGCUCCCCCGUCACCCACCCCAGUCAUCUGGGCCCCCCUGGUCCAGGCUCCACUCCAGGCUGCUGCUGCCACCACCCCUCUGGCCCUGGCCUUGGCUCACCACUCUCAGCUUCCUCCCAUCCUCUUUCACCACCCUCUGGCAUCAGGGUCUGGCUCCCUCAAGGACCCAUCUGGCCAUCCAAAAAGAGUCCAUGUUGGAGCCGGCUUGCCCAGUGGCUGUGGUUCAGGACCCGGCUCCCCUGCCAGCUCCACCAAAUUCCGCUCCGGGAUUGAUACUCCUAUACUGGCCUCCCUCAGGACGCAGCAUCUGUCCACUGCUCCUAUGUCGCCCACGCUGCCUUCCCAGCCCACAAUCACCAGCAGCUUACAGCCCCUGGCCCCUCUGCCUCAGCCGCCACAUCAACCUCAACCUUUUCCGCCCCAGCCCGGCAUAGCCUCAAUCAUCCCCAUCAACCCUGCGUCCCUCUCCUCCACCUGCACUGCCCAGCUUCACCCUCAGCCCCACCGUGGUGCUAUGGCCACCCCACCCCAUAUAACAACUUCGCUCCAGCAGGGGGCAUCAGGGAGGCUAACAGGCAGAUUCCCAGCCCCCUCCACUCCCACAAUAAGCCCUCUGAUCUCCAGCUCAGUCGGUCCCAUACUAAGCCAGCUGCAGCAGACCUCUCACGCCAGCAUUCAGCAGAUGGGGUCCACUCAUGACAGAGUAGGCAGGACAGCCAGUGGUCUGAACCUCCCUCAGUUUUCAUUCUUCACCAGCACCCAACCCUCCAGUGGAUAUGCUCUGGAGCAGCCAGCAGCUGGAGGCAGAUUCGGGGCCUCAGCCUCACUGGUACAGCAUAGCCUGGCAGGCCUCCAGUCUGUUUUUCUGCCCCAGGUUGUCCCGGAGCACUCUGCCCUCGCCUCCCUGGCCCAGUACGGCUCCGGUGAGGCCUCGCCCUGCUGCACCCCUCCAGUCCCGAGUCCCAGCAUACAGAGCCCUGAGAGGGGAAGGACUGGGCAUCGCAGUGAGCUCCCCAGCAGUACGAGCUCUCAUAGUCCCAUAACUCCUCAGACAUCAUGCCCUGCCAGGGUGGCUUGUACCCUCAAAGAGAAGGCCGAGUCCUCGGUGGAUCUCUUUACCCAGGAAAUAAAGACUAUCUCAGGCUCUCAAAGCUCUAUACACCAGGAAAGGCCUUUGGCCAUUAGCUGCUCUUCAGAGGCAUCAGUAGGAGCACUCAGCCCCUUCUCUGCAUCCUUGGCUGUCAGUAAACCCUACAGCCCGAUCCCGGGUGAAGGCCCCCCAGUGAGUCGGACACAGUCAGGGCCCGAAUCUCAGAACCAGUCUCCCCGCCCAAGAUCCCCUGCUAAAAUGUUAGAGACAGAACACAAACAGUCCAAACUUCCCUCCAAUUUGUGAGGUUAAAACACACCCUCCUUUGAUGCCAGAACUAUGAGAACAUAACUUCCUCUUUGGCAUCGUUUUUAACCACUACUUUGAUCAUUUUUAACUAGGAGGGUGUGUUAUUUGAAUCAUAUUGGAGAUCAGUGGUUUCUUUUUUACUGAGAGUGAAUGGAUCAUGGGCAGAAAGGGACAGCGCUGGAUAUUUUUUUCUACAGGACAUUGCUACUUUGAAUAUAGUAAUAAAAUCCAAAACCUAUUGAUGAAAAUAUAUAUAUGACCUCAUGAAAAUAUCAAGCAUUGUAUGUAUUAUAUUAUAACCACACUCUGUGAUUUGUUAUUUAUCGGUAUUUGUUUAAAACCUCUUGUCCAGGCAUUUUUUGUGUAACCUCUUAGCUACACCCAUUUAGUUGGAAAAUUAUCAGCAACUCUUUCCAUUUUUGAAUGAAACCAAAAAUUGCUUUUCCUUUUUAUAUCCUGUCUGACAACUGAGUGUGUUGUGUGAAUGUAAGGUUACCCUGAAGAGAUCUGAGGAGAAACAGACUGUGCACUUUGCUUGUUUUGGAGAUCACCUACUGUAAGGGUUAGAUGAUGGUAUGUCUUCCAAGAUAGUGUUUCAGCAAUAUUGCACACCCACAUGGGUUUGAAAACACAAAUCAGUUCACAUUCAAAAACUGAAACUAUGAAUGUAAUGUAAUGUCAGUGUGUCAUUGGAGCAAGAUAUUCGCUUUAAAAAUGAAUCCUUGCAUUGGAGGUGAAUGUGUUGAACACAGAGUCUGUUUAACAAUGGUUAUUCUCACCAGACCAUUGGGAAGUAUAACUAGUUAGGUCUGUAAAAAGACCUGGCAGAGUGGUUGUUGACAGGGAGACAAUGCACACAUUUCCAUCCUGUCCCAACACAACUGCUCUGGCACGUGGAGAGCCGCACAACCGAUGCCAACUCAUUUCAGUGUGAGAAUAAUGAAGGAGCAGAAUAUACACCUGAGCCAAGGUUUGUGUGCCAUUAGCACUGUAUGCAAUAAUCUGUGUUUUUUAUGGGUAUACAAAGGUACUGUCAAUUGAAGCAUUAGUCCUUUUCAACAGGGAGAGUCAGUGAAUGAGAUGGUCUUUAGAUACAUAGAACAGAAUAUAAUUUAAGAUAGAUAUUAAUAAAGCAAAUGUGGAUAAUCAAACAUCCUAAAGCCAGCGAUGCACAAAGAUCGAUCUGAAUGUUUCUUGCACCAAUCAAAGGGCUAAAAGCGGUUACUUGGACGCGUCGUUAACGAGAAACCCGGAUGGGUCAUAUUGCUGCAUAUUUACCUCUUUCAUUGUACAUUAUUUGAUUGUAAAAUUUGACAUCCGUUGUUGAACAACUGCUGCUUGUGAUGCUAUGCCGAAUCAAUAAUUCUAUCACUGAUUGCUUUUUAAAAAAAAAAAAAAAAAAGAAAAGAAAAAAAAAGAAGUCAACAAACCAGACCUACAGAUAUCUUAAAUC